CCCGCCCGCCCCGGGAGUGUCUGCUCUCGCCACGCGCCUGAAGCCACAGCCGAGUCGGAGACUCGCAGCCUCUGUCCCAUGGCCUGGUCUCCCCGUCGCUCCGCGGGCCGGCGACUGCAGCUGCCCCUGCUCUGCCUCCUCCUCCAGGGCGCUACCGCCAUCCUCUUUGCGGUCUUUGUCCGCUACAACCGUGAAACCGAUGCUGCCCUCUGGCACUGGGGCAACCACAGUAACGCGGACAAUGAAUUUUACUUUCGCUACCCAAGCUUCCAGGAUGUGCAUGCUAUGAUCUUCGUGGGUUUCGGCUUCCUCAUGGUCUUCCUGCAGCGCUACGGCUUCAGCAGCGUGGGCUUCACCUUCCUCCUGGCCGCCUUUGCCCUGCAGUGGUCCACGCUCAUCCAGGGUUUCUUCCACUCCUUCCGUGGCGGCUACAUCCUUGUAGGCAUGGAGAGCAUGAUCAAUGCUGACUUCUCUGCUGCGGCCGUGCUUAUCUCCUUUGGGGCCAUACUGGGCAAGACUGGGCCGGUUCAGCUGCUGCUCAUGGCCCUGCUGGAGGUGGUGCUGUUUGGCCUCAACGAGUUUGUCCUCCUUAGUCUCCUGGAGGUGAAGGACGCAGGAGGCUCCAUGACCAUCCACACGUUCGGUGCUUACUUUGGGCUGAUCCUCUCCCGGGUCCUCUAUAGGCCCCACCUGGAGAAGAGCAAGCAUCGCCAGGGCUCCACCUACCAUUCGGACCUCUUUGCCAUGAUUGGGACCAUCUUCCUGUGGAUCUUCUGGCCUAGUUUCAACUCUGCACCCACCGCCCUGGGGGACGGGCAGCCUCGGACCGCUCUCAACACAUACUACUCCUUGGCCGCCAGUACCCUCAGCACCUUCGCCUUGUCAGCCCUUGUUGGGGGGGAUGGGCGGCUGGACAUGGUCCACGUGCAGAACGCAGCGCUUGCCGGAGGGGUUGUAGUAGGGACAUCAGCUGAAAUGAUGCUGACACCCUUUGGGGCUCUGGCAGCUGGCUUCCUGGCUGGGGCCAUCUCCACACUGGGGUACAAGUUUGUCACGCCCAUCCUUGAGUCCAAACUCAAAGUCCAAGACACAUGCGGUGUGCACAACCUCCAUGGGAUGCCGGGGGUCCUGGGAGCCCUCCUGGGCAGCCUUGUGGCUGGGCUGGCCACCAGUGAAGCUUAUGGAGAUGGCCUGGAGAGUGUGUUUCCACUCAUAGCCGAGGGCCAGCGCAGUGCCACGUCUCAGGCCAUGCACCAGCUCUUCGGGCUGUUUGUCACACUGACAUUUGCCUCUGUGGGUGGGGGCCUUGGAGGGCUCCUGCUGAGACUGCCCAUCCUGGACUCCCCGCCCGACUCCCAGUGCUACGAGGACCAGAUUUACUGGGAGGUGCCUGGGGAACAUGAGCAUUUAGCCCAAGGAUCACAGGAAACAGAGACUCAGGCCUAACUUGCUUCCAGCCCUUGGAAGGAUGCUCUCCUUUUAGAAGCGGAUGACUGCCUACCCUGGGGAAGCUCCUCAUUAUUAGCUCCCAUCACCUCUGCUGAAGGAAAGAAGACAGGAGCUCCUUUCCAUAGGGAGCCUUGGGGGAGGGGCGGUGGAAGGCUGGGGAGAUGGUGGAGGAGCCAGGUGGCUAUACCUGGUCAUGAUGGGGAGAGAGCCUCACACACCCCCACCCCACCACCCCACGCCCUGCAAGUGAGGCACUCGAGGGACUGCUAAGUCACUGGACCAGCAUCACUCAGUUACUGUGAAGCCUGAGCCAGGGCCUGGCUCUCUGAGGAUGAUAAAUACCAUGGUCACCAAGGA